AAAAAAGAAAUAGAAGCCAUUAACCUACCUUGUUAAGAGAGAACACUAAAUCAGCACAAUAUGGCACAGCAUAGUAUUGUCCUUGGAUUCUUCAUGAUGACUGUUUUAUCACUGUUGGAUGGAAGUUCGGCUUUCCUGUUAAAUCAGCGUCUGAAGGGAAGAUUUCAGAGAGACCGCAGAAACAUCCGCCCAAACAUCAUCCUUGUUCUUACUGAUGAUCAGGACGUAGAGCUUGGUUCUAUGCAAGUGAUGAAUAAAACAAGGCGGAUCAUGGAACAUGGAGGUGCUCAUUUCAUCAAUGCCUUUGUGACAACACCCAUGUGCUGCCCAUCUCGCUCCUCCAUUCUUACAGGGAAGUAUGUCCACAACCACAACACUUACACUAACAACGAGAACUGUUCCUCUCCAUCCUGGCAGGCUCAGCAUGAAAUACGUACAUUUGCAGUAUACCUCAACAACACAGGAUACAGGACAGCUUUCUUUGGGAAGUACCUUAAUGAGUACAAUGGCUCCUACGUGCCUCCUGGUUGGAAAGAAUGGGUUGGAUUACUUAAAAACUCCCGAUUUUACAACUACACACUCUGUAGAAAUGGAGCGAAGGAGAAGCAUGGGUAUGACUACUCCAGGGAUUAUCUAACUGAUCUGAUUACCAAUGACAGUAUUACCUUCUUCAGAAUCUCAAAGAAGAUGUAUCCUCACAGGCCUGUACUGAUGGUUAUAAGUCAUGCUGCUCCUCAUGGCCCUGAAGAUUCAGCCCCUCAGUACUCACAUCUCUUUCCUAAUGCCUCACAACACAUCACUCCCAGUUACAACUAUGCUCCAAACCCAGACAAGCACUGGAUAAUGAGGUAUACAGGUCCCAUGAAACCUAUACACAUGGAGUUCACUAACAUGCUGCAGAGAAAACGCCUUCAAACACUCAUGUCUGUGGAUGACUCUAUGGAGAUGAUUUACAAUACAUUGGUUGAAAUGGGUGAACUGGACAACACAUAUAUAAUAUAUACAGCAGACCAUGGUUAUCAUAUUGGGCAGUUCGGGCUGGUGAAAGGGAAGUCCAUGCCAUAUGAGUUUGAUAUCAGAGUUCCUUUCUAUGUCCGAGGUCCAAAUGUGGAAGCUGGGUCCUUGAAUCCCCACAUUGUGUUGAAUAUUGAUCUUGCACCUACAAUUCUAGAUAUUGCUGGAUUGGAUAUUCCAUCUGAUAUGGAUGGUAAAUCUAUUCUAAAGCUUCUGGAUUCUGAGAGACCAGUGAAUAGGUUCCAUUUAAAGAAAAAAAUGAAGGUGUGGAGAGACUCGUUCCUAGUGGAAAGAGGUAAACUGCUGCAUAAGAGAGAGAAUGAGAAGGUAGAUGCCCAAGAAGAAAACUUUCUACCGAAAUACCAGCGUGUGAAAGACCUUUGUCAGCGAGCUGAGUAUCAAACAGCUUGUGAACAGUUUGGCCAGAAAUGGCAGUGUGUGGAAGAUGCCAGUGGAAAACUCAAGCUGCACAAGUGCAAGGGAAUGGCAAACUUGGCAGCUGCAGGCAACAGCAAAGGCAACUCCAAUAUUUUGCCCAAGUAUUACAACAGGAAUAGUGAAGACUGCAAUUGUGAAGAGAAUGAAUACAAGCUGAGCCACGUUGGACGGAGAAAGAAACUCUUCUCCAAGAAAAAAUACAAACCAAGCUACGUCCGGAGCCGCUCGAUCCGCUCUGUGGCUGUGGAGCUGGCUGGAGCCGUUUAUAGCUUGGGUUUGGAGGAUGGCUACCAGCCUGUCUUACCAAGAAACGUCAGCAAGCGGCAGCAGGCACAGAGGGCUGUCCCUCGUGAGGAGGAGGAGGGGGCAGACGUGCCCGAGUACAGCGGCACCGGUGGCAUUGCGGAGUACACAGCCCCUAACCUGGUGAAGGUGACCCACAGGUGCUACAUCCUGGAGAACGAUACCGUUCAGUGUGACACAGAUCUUUACAGGUCACUGCAAGCUUGGAAGGACCAUAAACUUCAUAUUGACCAUGAGAUUGAAACUUUGCAAAAUAAAAUAAAGAACCUGAGGGAGGUGAGAGGUCAUCUGAAGAAAAAGCGACCUGAAGAGUGUGAUUGUAACAAGAUAAGUUACCAUCCAAAACACAAAAGCAAACUGAGGCACAAGGGAUCCAGUCUUCAUCCUUUCAAGAAAGCCCUACAGGAGAAAGACAGGCUGUGGCUGCUCCGAGAGCAGAGGCGGAAGAAGAAACUGCGCAAGCUGCUCAAGAGAAUAAAAAACAACGACACGUGCAGCAUGCCUGGUCUGACCUGCUUCACCCACGACAACCAGCACUGGCAGACUGCUCCCCUCUGGACAUUGGGCCCCUUCUGCGCCUGUACCAGUGCCAACAACAACACAUACUGGUGUUUGAGGACAAUCAACGAGACCCACAACUUCCUGUUUUGUGAAUUUGCUACUGGAUUUUUGGAGUAUUUUGAUCUCAAUACUGAUCCAUACCAGCUCAUCAAUGCAGUGAAUACACUGGACAGAGAUGUUCUCAAUCAACUGCACAUCCAGCUCAUGGAACUAAGGAGCUGCAAAGGGUAUAAACAAUGCAAUCCAAGAACUAGGAACAUGGACCUGGGACUUAAAGAUGGAAGCUACGAGCAGUACAGGCAGUUUCAGCGUCGAAAGUGGCCAGAUGUGAAGAGACCAUCGUCUGCCAAGUCACUAGGACAACUGUGGGAAGGCUGGGAGGGGUAA